CCAAUAGCCCAAAAUCCCAAAGAGGUCAAAGGCAAAAGGAGAAGAACAAAAAGAGUGAGUUAGUGAGUGUGAAGAAAGAAAAUGGAGAAGGAAAAUGGCAAAGCAGUGCACUGUGUGGUGCUAGCAUACCCUGCACAAGGACACAUAAACCCCAUGAUUCAAUUCUCCAAGCGUUUGCUACAUGAGGGUGUAAAAGUGACACUUGUCACAACACUAUUCUACGGCAAAAGCUUGAAGAAUUUCCCACCUUCAAUGUCCUUUGAGACAAUCUCAGAUGGGUUUGACAAUGGAAGACAUGGUGAGGGACUCAAACUCAGUGUCUAUAAUGAAGUUUUCGCUCAAAGAGGGUCACAAACUUUAAGUGAGGUUCUAGAGAAGUGUGCUAUUUCAGGGUACCCUGUAGAUUGCAUAAUCUAUGAUUCAUUCAUGCCUUGGGCUCUUGAUGUUGCUAAGAAAUUUGGUAUAGCUGGUGCUUCUUAUCUUACUCAGAAUAUGCCUGUGAAUAGUGUUUACUAUCAUGUUCAUAUUGGAAAGCUUAGGGCCCCACUUACUGAGGAUGAGAUUUUGAUUCCUAUGUUACCAAAGCUUCAACAUGGGGACAUGCCUUCUUUCUUCCUUAGCUAUCAAGAAGAUCCUUCUUUUCUUGAGAUGCUUGUUGAACAGUUUUCUAACAUUCAUGAGGCUGAUUGGGUGCUCUGUAAUGCAUUCUAUGAGAUGGAGAAAGAGGUAAUUGAUUGGACAACAGAGAUCUGGCCAAAAUUCAGGACUAUAGGACCAAGCAUACCAUCAAUGUUCUUAGACAAACGCCUUAAAGAUGAUGAAGAAUACGGUGUGACACAAUUCAAGAGCGAAGAAUGUAUGGAUUGGCUAGACAAGAAGGCAAAAGGGUCCGUUCUAUACGUAUCAUUCGGAAGUUUGGUUCCGCUAGACGAAGAACAAAUAAGAGAAGUAGCUUAUGGUUUGAGAGAUAGUGGUAGAUACUUCUUAUGGGUAGUUAGAGCCUCAGAAGAAGCAAAACUCCCAAAAGAUUUUGCAAAGAAUUCAGAAAAGGGUUUAGUAGUGACAUGGUGCUCUCAACUAAAGGUUUUGUCUCAUGAGGCUGUUGGGUGUUUUGUAACACAUUGUGGUUGGAAUUCUACAUUAGAAGCAUUGAGUUUGGGUGUUCCUGUUAUUGCUGUGCCUCAAUGGUCAGAUCAAGCUACAAAUGCUAAGUACCUUGUUGAUGUUUGGAAAGUGGGGAUUAGGCCUAUGGUUGAUGAGAAAAAGAUUAUGAGAAAGGAAGCAUUGGAGGAUUGUAUUAGGGAGUUAAUGGAAAGUGAUAAGGGCAAAGAGAUUAGGAUUAAUGCUGUGAAGUUGAAGAAUUUGGCUAUUGAAGCUGUUAGUGAAGGUGGAAGCUCCAAUAAGAAUAUUAUAGAAUUUGUGAAUAGUUUAAAAGGUUAUUGAACCAACCAACCACCACUACUUAUUUAAUUAUUUGUUGUGGUGUUUCCUUGGCAAAUAAUGUACCACUUUAAUUAUUAUAAAAUAAGUUUUAGAGUCAGAUAA